AUGUUCUAUUGCAAACGUGGUGCUACAACAAUGAUUUUCGGUGACUCAGGUACAGAUCCCCCGCCGAGCUCCACGCAGAUCAAACACAUCACGCCACGCAAUUACGAUUAUUCGGAAGCUCAUGCGCGCUCGGCCUUCGUCAUAUGCACGAGUUGGAAGAUCGGCAACGUUAUCGAUAGGAAACAGCCACCUCGCCCGAGAAGAGACCGGAGAGACACGAGGCUAUUGGCUUUCGCCAACUCAGCUCUUGCAUUGACAUACGUACAAUCAUCAAUAUCCUCAGCAGCUAGCUGGUCAACAGUUGGCGCCUUGAACAACAUCUCAAACAUGCGAGAUCGACAAGCAAUAUCGAGGCUGGGUCGGCAUCGCUACGGCUCUAGCAUCCAUGCACUUAGUCUGACCUACAACGAGAAAUGCAGAAAGAUCGUACAGGAUAAAUCAGUCUUCAUCGCUGCAGCCCCAGUUUGGACAACGUCAUGCUUGGGUGAUGGUAGAGAUAUCGUUGCUAAAAUUUGGUUGCUGAUGGCAGCCAUCAAUUGGCUAUUGAAGAGACAGAACCACAUCUGUGAGAAACUGAGAUCAGUGCUAUCCACUCCCUCUGGCUCGCUGCAUAUCUUCCUGGGCAAGACGACAAGCUCUUCUGCAGAACAGCAUGAAGCCUUGACCUCCGAAGAGGGCUACGCUGAGAAGUUUCACCAGUGCGCCUAUUUGCGCAUGACAAUCGCAUCGAUGAAGCGGAAGUUUCGGACCCUGAAGGCCGCCAGUAAACAAGCUUUUCAAAAGGGGCUGAUCGCGAGCUGGAAUACAGGGGAUAUCCAAGACUUUCAGAUGAGUUGCUAA